AUGCCAGAAAUAACACCAGGAGACUCGAUAUCUUAUCUAACAGUGUACAAUGCACAUAAUGGAGAGUCUUUUAAGAUCCCCAAGCCUGUACGGUUCCAUGCUUUCAAGAGUCUAAAGGAGUUCAUAGCCGAAUCAUUUGAAAUUGAGGAGGUGGACCAAGUAUUUCUUCUCACAUCUUUUGGGAUAAGGCUUGAUUUCAAUCUAGUAAAUGAGUUACAAGAUGUAUUUGUGUUUGACAAAAGGCUUUUCAUUGAUGAAUACGAUACCGAUGCCAUAUUGGCUAGACAUCUUGGGGAGACUAAAGCGUUACCUACUCAAAUACAAAGUGUAAGCUUAUUACCUGAUAACAAUGUUAGUUCGAUCACUCAAAAUCUUCGACAAAUUCAGGACUGGAGCCAUAGAAUAAAGAGAGAAGUGAAUGGGUAUGACGAACAGAUCAAAAUUUUACAGAGAGAGAUAAGUGUGAUAUUCCGAUCAUUGAAUAUCAUAUUCCAAUUUGGCUCAAACUUUGUUAGUGGUAAUGAAAAGAACUUUAACAACUUUUUCAAUUACAUCAAACUCUUGAAUAUGAAGACUUUGCACAGAGAUUGGAAAUCCCAUUAUAAUAGGCUAAAGAAGUUUUCAUCUAUUCAAAUUUCAAAUCACACAUUUGUCUUGAGCGAUUUUUUGGAAGAGGGUAAAUUACAUGAAUCUGCUUCAUUUAUACAAGCGCAUUUACCCGUGAUUAUAAAAGUUUUCAAUGAAAUGGGAAACAGUAUAAACGCAGUUAAUGAUAAAAAAAUUGGCAUUGAUAAACAAAUUGAAGACAUGAGAAAUGUUUCAAUCAAAUUGGCAGAAUCUAUUCUGCUUAAGGAUACCAUAUCUUCCAUUAAUUCAACCAUACAAAAUAUUGAUCGUGAUAUUGAUAAUUUAAGUUCGAAUUACUCCAUGAAUUCUGAAGAUAUUUUAGCAAUUCAGAAGACCCAUGUUAAUUAUUCAGUCGUAUCUUUGCAGAAUUCUUACAAGCUGGUGUUCGACUUUCUAGCAAAAUGCAGGCAAUUGAAACUACAAUUAUCAAGAGAAAGCUUAUCAAUUUUUUCUGGUAUAGCCCAAUUGCAAUUGAAUAUGGUGGAAGUAAGGAAUAAGCUUAGGUUAGUUUCAGAACCACCUGCAUCAAACACUGAGAUCCCAAUGAAUCAUACUACGGUUCUUACUAAGAGCAACGAAGAUGAAGGAUCAUUUUCAUAUACCACUUUGAAUAAGAUCAAGAAGUACGAAGACUAUCUAAGUCUUUGUAUUGACUUGCCACUUUUGUUUGGCUUUUUGCUUAUUGAGAAGCGGAGACAAUUUGAGUGGUAUGAUUUUUAUUCUAAAGGUGUGGUUAGUAAUGCUUCUGAACAAUUAUCACAUAUCAUUGACCGUGAAAAGAAGUUUCGGAAGUUAUGGUUAAAAAAAGUCGGUCACUUUUUGACAUUCUUGAUUGAAUAUCCUUUGAACACUCAAACUCCUAAUAUCGAUGUUACAUUGGUUGCUAAUCAUGAAACUACACAGUUUAGCAUUUUAGAGAAUAUUCAAGUUGAUCGUGAAGAUAUUCUUGCUUAUAUUCAGCUACUUAAGAAUGGUAAUAUCGCUUCAACUAACUUUGUCAGUUUAUUAGAGAAGAACUAUAAAGAUUUGUUAAGAUCGACUGUCCAUAUGAAGAAAUUAACCAAGAUAAUCCUGUCGCUUUCUUCAGUUGAUGAAAAUAGUAAUGAAGAGUCCAUAAAUUCACAAGAUUCUGAAAGUGAUCAAAAUUUAGUUAAAGGACUUAAAACUCGUAUCAAAAAGUUGGAGAACUUGUUACACCAACAACAAUAUAAAAACAUCUCAAAUUGGCCAGUAACAAGAAAUUCGCCAGGUGUUGAUACAAGGUUCAGUAUGAUUAUUGAUCAACCUCUGCUGGGAGCAGUAGCACAACCAUCCGCUUCUCAAAAUUCGUCCCUUUUACCUCGGAAUGUAAGCACAAACCCCACGAAGUUUUUGCAAACAAGGAAGGAUAGUCGUCCCUUGGAUACAGUUUCAGGCUCUACUGUUGGUUUAGAUACUUCUGUUAUCGAUAAGCAUAUUGAUAAUAUUCGCCUUAGAAAGGAAGUGAAGGAAGUAAAUGAGGUACUUGACAAUUUAAAGCAGGCUAAAUCUGAACAGGAGAGAUUAAUUGAGGAGCUAAGAGCCGAUCUCAAGUCUCAAAAGGAUAAAUUAGUAUCAAGGGAGCAGGAAUUAGCAACGGUUAAAAAACAGCUAGAGGACCAACGCUACGUUUCCAAAUUGGAUGAAAAAGAAUUGGAAAAUAUGAAGCAAAAGCUUCGUAAUCGUGAUGAACGAAUUUCCUCCUUGGAAAGCGAUUUACGAGCCCAAAGGGUGGCCAUUGAUUCGUCAAAUGCAGAGAAUAAAACUUUGAAGGACUCGAUUACAAAAAUAGAAAGUAAUAAUGCUCAUUUGACAUCCAUGAACUCAGACCUCAUGUCUAACUUAUCUGCAAAGGAUACGGAAAUGGCCAAAGAACGCAACCAAAUGAAAGAAGACUUUUCUAGUCUUCAAGGUCGUCUUGAUGAGAUGACUGAAGAUUAUGAGAACUUAAUGGAGUUGACUGCAGCCAGGCAUAAAACAGACGAUAUGACAAUAAAUAAUCUCCAACAGUUGAUUAUUGCAAUUUUUACAUACUCAACAGAACUUGCGGAUACACUCUUUGAUUAUUUCUUUGAGAUGUGUCUUGUUUUGGAAUCAAUGGGACUUUUGCUUAGUAAGGAAGAAGAUUUAUUCAAGAUUUCUCGGGUUAAGGGUUUACGUUCGAAGCAUGGGAAAAAUGCUGGCAAAGAUGAUGAUUCUGAUGUUAUUUCUGAUACUCCUACUACUCAUGUUGUUAAGGAAAUUGAAUCACUUUUGGCUUGGAGGUUUGAAAUUGCUGAGAACUUGAAGAAAAUAGAAGAUAGUCAAGCAGAAACAGAAACACCAGUAUCUACCAGCACAUAUGACGAUUCAAAGUUGCAGGACAAAUCUAUGGAAUUAUUUAAGGUAUUUGGCCAAACUUUUGCAGAAGGUGACGAGACAGCAGUUUCCAAGUUGUUUUUAAAGGCUAUUAGUUUCAAAGAUCACGUUUACAUCCAUGAUGAUAAUAGUCAUAAACGGUUCUUUCUCAACGCAAUUGCGAAGAGAUUUAGGGAUGUUGAGAGCUUUGCAAAGAAGCAAACCAAGGAGAACAAGCAGCGUGUUCAAGAAGUGUCAGAGAUGACAGCAAGAUUACGUACAAAGGUUACUAUGAAAAAUUUUCAGGUUGCAGAUUUAGUUCUUUUUUUACCUACCCGGAUUGACGGUAGUGAUACAACUACGUUGGCAGUGCAACCAUGGGCUGCAUUCAACAUUGAUGCUCCGCACUACUUUCUUGAUAUAUCUGAUGCUACAAAACUUCAAAAUAGAGAUUGGAUGGUAGGACGAAUCAAUAAGAUCUCCUCCCAUCACGUGACCAAGGAAAAUAUGGAGAACAAGGACGAGAACCCGUUCCACUUAGGUGUUGGGACUAACUGGUACACGAUUCAUGCUAGCGAAGAAACAGAAGGUAAGUAA